GGUGGGGGGACGGGGCGGGGAGAUGGAUAAACUGACCAUCAUCUCAGGAUGUCUCUUUCUGGCCGCCGAUAUCUUCGCCAUCGCCAGCAUCGCCAACCCGGACUGGAUCAACACCGGGGAAUCCGCGGGAGCACUCACUGUAGGCCUUGUGCGACAGUGUCAAACAAUCCAUGGGCGAGACCGGACAUGCAUCCCACCUCGGCUUCCCCCAGAGUGGGUCACCACACUGUUUUUUAUCAUCAUGGGAAUCAUUUCAUUGACUGUCACUUGUGGUUUGUUGGUGGCUUCCCACUGGCGAAGAGAAGCCACAAAAUAUGCUCGAUGGAUAGCAUUCACUGGAAUGAUCCUUUUCUGUAUGGCUGCCCUAAUAUUUCCAAUAGGAUUUUACAUCAAUGAAGUCGGAGGUCAACCUUAUAAAUUACCCAACAACACAGUAGUUGGGUCAUCAUAUGUACUUUUUGUCUUAUCAAUUUUCUUUACAAUAGUAGGACUUCUAUUUGCCGGCAAAGUUUGUUUACCAGGCUGAUGAAUGUCUAAAUUGCUUGACUCUUUUAUUAUUUUUAAUUUUAUUUUAUUUUUUUAUUUUUGGAGGGUGGGGAGGACAAAGGCAAGGCAUCUGAGUAGUCCUCACAUAGGAAGAUGCUUAGAUGAAACUGAUGCUGAAAAGAAAAAAAAAAAAUGCUUUGAUUUGUUCUCACUAUGCACUUUGGAUUUAAAAACAAAAAUAAGGAGAGCCUUUUCCAUAACCAAAUACAGACAAUAUUGACUAAAUCUCCUGAGCAUAUUCAGGCAGUCAGGUCUGCACUGUGAUAGCAACCUAGUGAAGGAGAAUGCUUUAUACCGAAAAGCAUGUGGCCCUUUGUACUCUGUUGUUCCAUUUUUAACGUCUAAUGAUUCAUUUGAGG